AUGACCAAUCCGACCGACGGCGCCACUCGCCACCCAGCUUCCAGGUGGACCAGACUUUUGCGAUGGAGGCGAACGUCUGCUACAGAGGCGGCUCAGGCGGAAGCCAAUCUCCUGGGGAGAUGCAAGGCCAUACUUCAGAUCCAAGACACACGUUUGGAUGGGGGGAGUCAAAACUUCAUCCACAGUAUUGUUGCCGGUGCCGCAAGUAAUCCCACACUGGUAUGUUUGCCGGGCUACGGCUCAGGCUCUGGUUUCCUUUACAGGAACCUUGACGACUUGUCCAAGCAUUUCUGCACAUAUGCAGUGGACUGGCUGGGAACUGGGCUGUCAGGUCGCCCAACUUUUGACGCCAAGAGCAGGGAAGAGGCUGAGGACUUUUUUGUGUCUUCACUCGCUUCCUGGCAGGAAAAGAUUGGCCUGAAAAAAAUGAUUCUCAUGGGUCACAGUUUAGGAGGUUAUCUGGCAGCAACCUAUGCCUUGAGACACCCUGAGCAUGUCGAGCACCUGAUUCUUGUGUGCCCAGCUGCAAUUGCUGGCAAGCCAGUGGAAAGUGGUAUCCCAAAGAGAGUCAGGUCUGCUUGGACGUGGAGGGGGCAGCUGUGGCGGUUUAUAAAGCUGAUGUGGACUUGGGGCGUAACACCUCAGUCAAUUGUUCGCCUGUUGGGUCCAUGGGGACCUGACCUAGUGGGAACAUAUGUCAGCAGCAGGUUCCAUGGACUUGUUGCAGACCCCCAAGAGGUCAGAGAUCUGCAGGCAUACUUUUAUCAAAUAACAGCAGCAAAGGGCAGUGGUGAGUUCGCCCUUCGUCACAUCAUGACCCCUUUUGCCUGGGCGGUGCAUGCUCUCGAGGGCCGCCUGGAAAACUUGGAAGUCCCAGUCACCUUCAUCUAUGGGGAGGACGACUGGAUGGACCCUGCUGCUGCAGAACGAGCUUUGAAGCGGCUCAGGAAGAAGCAAGGUGCCCCUAAGGUUGCUUCAGAUCAACAGAUUGUGUCCAUCCCAGAUGCAGGACACUUUGUGUUCAUGGAUCAACCGGAACUGUUCGAUAAGGAGUUGGUGGAGGUGUGCUCUGCUUACAUCAAUAGGGGGCAUGAGAGCACAAAGGACGUUCAAGAAGAUGCGGAAGUGCUACCAAACACAUCUGCCAAGGUGCCAAUCGUGGAAGCGGCUGUGGCAUUCUAG